AAUUUGCUUACAGAUUCCUUCGAAUUUUAGUUCCACUUCCUGUAAAAUCACGUGAUAUUGACAUGUGACCAAAAUCUUGGAGCAGAAAAAAUGUCGGGAGCUGGUGACAGAAUAAACAUCUUCCCUUCACGAAUGGCCAUGGCCAUUAUGAAGGGAAGACUAAAGGGAGCUCAGAAGGGCCAUAGUUUGUUAAAGAAGAAAGCUGAUGCUCUUACCAUGAGAUUUAGAGCUAUCCUUAAAAAGAUCAUAGAGACAAAAGUGUUGAUGGGAGAUGUAAUGAAGGAAGCAGCAUUUUCUCUGGCUGAGGCCAAGUUCACAUCAGGAGACAUCAAUCACAUGGUUCUACAGAAUGUCAACAAAGCUCAGAUGAAGGUCCGCUCCAAGAAGGACAAUGUAGCAGGUGUGAUGUUACCUGUGUUUGAAAGUUAUCAGGAUGGAUCUGACAGUUAUGAACUAACUGGUCUCUCCCGGGGAGGGCAACAGAUAGACAGAUUGAAGAAGAACUAUGCACGUGCUAUUCAGUUACUGGUGGAGCUUGCUUCAUUGCAGACAUCUUUUGUAACAUUAGAUGAAGUUAUAAAGAUUACGAACCGCAGAGUUAAUGCUAUAGAACAUGUAAUCAUUCCCCGCAUUGAGAGAACUUUAGCAUAUAUUACCUCAGAGCUUGAUGAAAGGGAAAGAGAGGAAUUUUACAGGUUGAAGAAAAUUCAGGAGAAAAAGAAGAAAAUUCGAGCAGAGGCAGAUGCAAAAGCAGCUCUUCUGAAAGCCCAGAAUAAGCUUGAGGAGCCGACCAGUCUAAUAGCAGAGGAAAGAGAUGAAGACCUACUGUUCAAUGAUUAGUGACAAAUUAGUUUUAGUAGCAUUAUAUGUAUAAAAUUGUAUCCGAUAUUAACUGGAUUUGUCAAAGCUUCCAUGACACAUAAAGUACAAAUAGGUUAUAUCCAGUGGGUUAUAAGGCCAGGUAUAUAACUAUCCAAAUAUCAUAUGUCUGCUAGUAAAGUUCACCCAACUGUAAUGACUGGAGCUGAUGAAUCUGGACUUGGAAAAGUGUUGUUUAGACCAGUACUUACCAUGUAAACAAAUUAUGUGGUGUUAGAUCAUACCAAUUCAUUGUAAAACAAACAUCCACCUUUUGUGAAUAUGUAUUUUUUAUGAAUUAUUGAGAGCUUUGUUGGAAUUUUGUUUCUUCACUCUAUUUAUUCUCACUACUGAAAACUAUAUACAUGAGAGUCUGCUUGCUAUUGUCAAAUCCAAGAAGUGAAGAGGGAUUCAACAUACCGGUAUAUGUCAAAAAAAAAAAACCACAGCUGCUUAAGAUUGUAUGUAGUAUAUUACAAUUAUGAUGAAGUUUGAUAAUAAUCAACACUGUGUGAAUCUAGUCUCGCCAUCAUUUCUUGGAUGUGCUCUUUUCAAACUUGAUAAGGUCAAAGAGUUUAGUAACUGGUGUUAUAACCAAACCACAAGGCCAGUUUCUUGGGUUGUGACAUUUUUUAUGUCACUGUCCCACCUGUUGAACUGAUUCAAUGGCGUGCUGCUAGAAGUCAUUUAUUUUGUUGUAGGAUUGGUUUUGACCAUCAAGCAUUUAGUCAUUAUAAAUAUAUGUAUCACAUUUCAUAUAUAUUCGGGAUUUCUAGUGUAAUGAAUGGGAUAAUUGUUGAUCUUUUGAGUUAAUUUCCUGUAAUUAAUAAAAUGUGGAAUAAAUUAAAAAAAAA